AUGAGUGACGCUGAAACUACGGUGCAUCUUCUUGGCAAAUCUGUCGGAUAUGGGGUGCUGAUUGGGGUUGGAGCUGCAUUUGCUCUAGCAGUGGUUAUAGCCACCCGAUUGAUAGCCCGCUAUCUCAAUGAAAACAAUAAUUCUACUGAAACUUUCAUGGUUUCAAAUAGAACCGUUGGUAUUGGUUUGACUACUUCUGCCAUUUUCUCCUCGUGGUUUUGGGCCACCGAACUGUUAUGGACCGUCACCAUGACCCAAUUCUAUGGUGUAUCUGUUGGAUUUUAUUACUACUGGGGACUGAUAGUGCCAGUUUCCAUUAUGGGUGUUCUGGGUAUCGAAGCCAAACGAAAAGUACCUAAAGGUCACACAUGUCUGGAAGUAGUUGAGCUCAGAUACGGCAAAGCUGCCCACAUCUUGUACAUGUGUUUUUGCCUAGCUAACAACUUGUUGUCAUGCGCUGCUAUGAUUCUGGGUGCCGCAGGUGCUAUAUCCAUUAUCGCAGAUAAUCUGAGCAUUGUGGCAAGCUCCUUGCUAAUUCCAUUUGGUGUCCUAUGUUAUACCUUCAGUGGAGGUCUGAGAGCAACUUUCCUUGGAGAUUGGGGUCACAGUGUUAUAGCUAUUAUUGUGCUACUCUAUGUUAACACUGCUGCUUUGGUUAAGAUUGGCUCAAUAGAUAAGCUUUACGAGCUAAUUUUCACUGGACCCAACGAGGGAACUAUUGAAGGUAAUUAUGAUGGCUCCUUAAUGACCUUCAGAUCCCAAGGUGCAGUUUUCUUUGGAAUCAUUCACUUAUUAGGUGAUAUGGGUCUUACUGUUUUAGAUUCUUCGUUUUAUCAGAAAGCAUUCAGUGCCAACUUAAAGUCUGGAGUUCCUUCGUACAUGAUCGGGGGAGUCUGUAUUAUGGCUAUUACCUGGCCAUUAGGUACCAUCAUUGGUAUGGCAACAACCUUCUUGGAAAAUGAUCCAUCGUUCCCUACAUAUCCAAGAAAAAUGACUACAUUUGAGAUAGAAAGUGGCUUUGGACUUCCAUACACUUUGAAGGCUUUGCUUGGCGAUGGAGCAUGUGGAGCAAUAUUGUUGGUAAUUUAUCUGGCAUGCACAUCGACAGUCAGCGCUCAGAUGAUUUCGGUGAGCAGUAUUUUGUCCUUUGAUGUUUACAAGACCUACAUCAAUCCUCAAGCAAAAAACAAGCAGAUGAUUAGAGCUUCACACAUAACCGUUGUGUUUUUCUCCUUCUUUGCAGCUGGUUUUGCCAUUAUGUUGCACUAUGUUGGAGCCAAUAUGACAUGGGUUGGGUACUUUUAUCCAAUCCUGAUCUGCAAUCCUGUUUGUCCAAUGAUCUUGUUAUUCACUUGGGACAGACAGACAAAGUUUGCCUUUAUCGCUUCUCCAAUCAUUGGAAUUGGAGCUUCCGUUGGUGUAUGGCUAGGAACUGCCUACCAUUAUUAUGGAGAAAUCACUAUGGAAACCACAUCCCGACAGCUUCCCUGUCUUUGGGCUGGUUUAACUGCCCUCUUCCUGCCAUUGGUAUUGACAGUCACUUUCAGUCUGUUUCAGAAAGAACAUUUUGACUGGAAUGUUUUCAAGAAGGCUGAACUUAUUGAGAUGGAAGGCAGUGAAGCUUCAUCUCCCUCAGAAGUCGAUGUUGUAUAUGAAAGUGGAUCUGUCUCAUCUCCAACUGAAGACUCAGAAAAGAGAUCCGUGGACAAGUCUGAGAAUGUUCAACUUCAAGAAACUGAGCUUGGAGUGUCAAGUGGUGACGAGUACGACGAAGAAGAGCAAAAAUUGAUCAAGCGUUACAUCAAGAUAGCAUACGCUUGGUGUAUACUUGUGGUUCUCGUUACUUCGGUGUUGUUCCCAAUGUCACUGUACCGUAACUGGAUCAUAUCUUUGAGUUUCUUUAGAGGAUAUACUGGAUUGUCCAUGUUCUGGUUAUACGGAGUCUUCUUAGUUAUCGCAGUCUAUCCUCUUUAUGAUGGGCGACAUUCGCUAGGCCGAAUUGGUCAGGGUUUGUGGAAAGACUUCAAAAGGAUCUUCAAAUCUAAACGAUGA